AUGAUUAAUAGGCUUGAUGAAAAUUAUCAACUUGAUUUCAAUCUUAGAAGUCAUAAUGAAAAUGAAAGCAAUUUUAUAAUGAAUACAGAUGUUUAUCAGGAGGAAUUUCAGGCUGAAUUCAAUAUUAGUAGCUGUGUAUUGCAUGAUAUAAUUCAAAAUGAAUGUGAACAAAAUGAUGUGAAGUAUCUUGAAAGCAAUAAGUGUGAUGAAAUAUGA